AAGUUCACGAGAGAGCGAGAUACACUUCUGUCAAAGUUUUCACAGACAAUAUCCAGUGUGGUUCUUUAAAACGAAAGCAUGGCAGAAAAGGGUGAUUGCAAACCAGUAGAUAAAAAGAACUUUUUAAGGCAAUUCAGAGACAAGGAGACACGGGAAUUUAGGCAAAUUACAGCCAGCCAGUUUAUGGAAGUUUGGAAUCAUUAUGAUUCGGAUGGAAAUGGGUACAUAGAAGACACGGAGCUAGACGGGUUCCUGAAGGAGCUUGUCACGAGCGUCAAUGCGUCCGAUGUGGGACCUGAGGUAGUGUCGGAAAUGGCAUUGAAGGAUGCCAAAAAGUUGGUGCUUAACGCUUUCGAUGAAAACAACGACGGUCGGAUUGACAUCGCUGAGUUAGCUCAAAUUCUUCCAAUGGAACAAAACUUUCUUCUGCUCUUUCGCCGCGAUUAUCCGCUGGAAUCCAGCGUUGAAUUUAUGAGGAUAUGGCGAGAAUAUGACUCUGACCACAGUGGCUACAUUGAAGCAGACGAGCUAAAGAAUUUUCUUCAAGAUUUGCUGAAACAGUCGAACAAAGAUAUAGAAGUCACAGAAGAAGAGUUGAUUGUCUAUGCAGACACUAUGUUACAACUAUUUGACCGUAACAAGGAUGGGAAAUUGCAGCUCAGUGAAAUGGCGAAGUUGCUGCCAGUGAAAGAGAAUUUCCUGUGUCGACCGAUAUUCAAGAAACGAACGGGAGGAUGGAUGAUGGGUUGCAGUAAAUUAAAUUCCGAUGAUAUAGACCGUGUCUUCAACCUAUAUGAUGUGGAUCAUAACGGAUACAUCGAAAACGACGAGCUUCAUGGUUUCCUUAAAGACCUCAUGGAGCUGGUGGAAGAUGACUACGAUGCAGACGAUCUACUUGAUUGUCAGAAGAUCCUGUUGGACAAAUGUGACCUGAACAGGGACGGAAAAAUCAACAAAGAAGAACUGACGAUGGUGCUAACAUCCUGCAACAAGAGUAGCACCGUCGAGGAGGCGACGUUUUGAAACAUUUCAAACAAAACAUUUCGUUGGCAAACGCUGGGAUUGCUUUAUAUCCGUAAACAGUGCCAGAGCCAGGCUUUAAGCUUUUUUUUUAAUUUUCUGUUUUUAAGGAUGUGCUUAAAAUGCUGUCCUUGAUUAACCUUUGUGUGCGGCUCAUACCGAACGGGGGA